CGGGAACAAGGGCAAGACACUAUCUGGAAAAAAAUAAAUGGAAUAAAAAAAAUUUAAGAGAGAGAAAGUGGAAAUAAAAAUAAAAAUAAAAAUAAAAACAACAGAAGAGAGAGAGAGAGAGAGAGAGAGAGGGGAGUGUGUGUGAGGGUUUUUUUUUUUUUUUUGAGAGAGGAAAGGUGUAAAGAGAUGGGGCAGAUCGUGAAGAGGAAGAAGAAAGGGAGGCCAUCGAAGGCGGAUCUGGCUAAAAGGGGAAGUUCGCCGGCAGCAGCGACGGAAUCGGAGCUGCGGCGGAGUCACCGGCGGAGAAAUGUGAGGUAUAACAUCGAUUACGACGAUUACCUGGACGAAGACUUCGAGGAAGAAGACGAGGAAGAAGAGAGGAGGAGAGAGAAGAAGCUUAAGCUUAUUCUUAAACUUAAUCAAGGUCAAGAAGCUGAACCGCCUUCUCCUCCUGUUUCUUUGCCGCCGAGCCGUGGCCGAGGUGUUGUUUCGUCGUCCGCCGCGCGUGGGAGGCGAACGGCGAAGGAGGAAGUGGAGGAGGAAGAAGAAGAUGAAGAUGAGGAAGAGGAAGAAGAGGAAAGUGAGAGAAGGAAGAGAAAGAUUAAAAAGAGAAGAAUCAACGUCAGUGAUGGAGUUGAAGAAGAAGAAGAAGAAGAAGAAGACCGACAAGUUGAUGAUGAUGAAGAUGAUGAUGACGAUGGCCGUGUUGAUGUGGAUGCCGAGAUGAGAGGGAGAAAAGGGGAAUCCAAAGGGCAGGACUCGGUUCCAGGGACGCCAUCCGAUCCUCCAUCAGUGGUUCCAUUACCUGAUAAGAAGAUAUUGGAAUUGAUUCUUGAUAAACUUCAGAAGAAAGACACUUAUGGUGUAUAUGCGGAACCCGUUGAUCCUGAGGAGCUUCCUGAUUACCAUGAUGUGAUUGAGCAUCCGAUGGACUUUGCCACGGUGAGGAAGAAGUUGGCAAAUGGAUCUUAUUCGGCACUGGAACAAUUUGAGAGUGAUGUCUUCUUAAUAUGCUCAAACGCAAUGCAAUACAAUGCGCCAGAUACAGUAUACCAUAAACAGGCAAGGUCCAUUCAAGAGCUGGCCAUGAAAAAGUUUGAGAAGUUGAGGAUUGAUGUAGAACGGUCCGAGAAAGAUAGCAAGAUUGAACAGAAAACAAAAUCAAACUUCUUAGCAAAGAAGCAAACCAGAAAACCUUUAUACCUUACAACGCAGGAACCUGUUGGUUCUGAUUUCUCUUCAGGGGCCAUUCUUGCCACUUCUGGAGAUAUCCUGAACACUUCCAUUGCUAUCCAAGCUAAUGCUUGUGGGAGGCCUAGCCAUACUGAUGUACUCGUAGAUGGUAAUUCAUCCGUGCCUGAUUAUAAUCGAGAGAAAACUGAAGAACUAUCAUCAGGGAAGGGUCUUCUUUCUAAAUUUGGGAGGAGGGCGACUGCACUUGAUGAUAAUCGUCGUGCAACAUAUAACAUAUCUAAUCAACCGGUGGUUAGAUCGGAUUCGAUAUUUACGACCUUUGAGGCUGAAAUCAAGCAGCUGGUUGCUGUUGGGCUUCAAGCAGAACUUUCGUAUGCUAGGAGUCUUGCUCGCUUCGCUGCAACGCUUGGACCUGUUGCAUGGAAAGUUGCAUCCCGCAGGAUUGAGCAAGCACUGCCUGUUGGCUGUAAGUUUGGUCGUGGGUGGGUUGGAGAGUAUGAACCACUUCCAACACCGGUAUUAACGUUCGAGACUCGUGCUCCUAAGGAAUCAGCCCUUUUCACAAAGUUGCAGCAUGCUGCUGACGUUCAUCCUCGAAAGGAUGAUGCUACUCAUAGGACGACCCCAGUUCCUGCAACUGAUGUUCGAAAGGAUGUUGGAACUUAUAGGACCCCAGUUCCUGCUAAGCCACAUCCUCUCGAUGUCCCCGUUUCUGAACCGAAAUCCUCUUCAUUUUGUCCCGCAAAUGGGUCAACAUCAGAAGGGAGGCCAUCUUUGUUUACUCCACCAGCUAUGCCAUCUGUUCCACCUAUUAGAAGAGAUGAGUCCAGCAAUGCUGCCGCUGUCGCUGCUCGUGCAUGGAUGUCUAUAGGAGCUGGAGCCUUUAAGGAAGCAAAUGAAAACUCUGGCACUUCGAAAGGAAAGAUAUCCGCAGAUUCGUUAUACAACCCGGCUAGGGAACUUCAUCCACAAGCUCCGCAAGUUCGAGGGCAAUUCCCUGUUUCUGCAGGGAUGCAUUUUCAACCUCAGCCAGAGAAGAAUAAUUUUCCCCUCCAUGGUUUCCCACCGCAACAUGUUCGCAUGAUGAAUGAAGCUCAGUUCCAAAACCGACCCAUGGUUUUCCCUCAACUCGUGGCGACCGACUUGUCUCGGUUCCAAGUUCAGCCUCAUUGGCAAGGUCUUAGCCCUCGAGCACAGCCGAGACAGAAGCAGGAUUCACUUCCUCCGGAUCUUAAUAUCGGGUUCCAAUCUCCAGGGUCACCGGUGAAACAAUCGGCAGGUGUUUUGGUUGAUUCCCAGCAGCCAGAUCUGGCUUUGCAGCUUUGAGUUGCUGUGACGGAUUUAUCUAUUUUUUCUUUCUUGUAGCUAUGUAUUUAUUACAAGUUUAAGAAAGUUUUAAUUUUGUUUUCAAUUGAAAUUUGAAAUUGAUUAGCUGUUGCUUUAA